GUUUAUGAUAAAGUGAUAUGUCAACCUUACUUCAUACGAAAGUAUAUUUGUGAACAUUAGAUUCGGUGAAUUUUCUCGCUGCUGCUUAAAUAUUCCGAAAAAAAGUAAAUUAAACCUUAGUCAAAAAUGUCCCGUGAGGAAAAACAACUUGAAAUGCUCCUUGAAUCAGUCCUGAGUCGACUGAACGAUCUAAAACUUUCCAUUGGCGCAAUGAUACACAAAUUGGAGACCGAGUACGAAACCAUCAACUGGCCGACGUUUCUUGAUAAUUUCGCUUUGAUUUCAAGUCAUCUCACAGGUUUGUCGAAAAUUCUGGCCAAGGAACUUGGUCCGCCGCUUAGAAAUCUGACCGUGCUUCCGUUGCAUCUUUCGCCGGAACGCGACGAAAGUUUGUGGCAGUUAACCGAGGGCCGGGUGCCGGUCUUUUCGCACGACAUCGUUCCUGACUAUCUGCGGACUAAACCUGAACCGGCGGCUGAACAAAGAAUGCUUCAGCAUGAACAGAAGGCGAGCAAUUUAUCAGCAGAAGCUGCCAUGAAGCAAGUUACACAAUACAACAAAGUCGUGUCUCACAUCGCGGAGAUGGUGAGUAAAACGCGCGAGGAGUGGGAGAUAGAGUCGUCGGCGCGAUCAGGCGUACAGCAAACAAGUAGCAUGACAGACACACAGGCACUCGUAGCGGCGGUCGGCAUGGGGAAGGGCCUUAAGGUGACCAUGCCUGUAUCUGUGCCGGGCUCCGCUCCCUCAGGAGGUCUCAUGGUGCCGCCAACCAUUCGCCCACCAACGCAGAUGAGCUCUGUCAGCCCGUCGGGGGUGAACCCGCUCGGCAAGGCACCUUCUUCGAUUAAAACCAACAUCAAAUCUGCUUCACAAAUUCACCCAUUCAACCAGCGAUGAUUGUGUCCACGGCGGGUGCGGGUGGAACUUUGUGAUAUAAAAUGUUAUUUUUAAGGUUCUGUAUGAGUAAAUAGUAUAUUUAAGGAGUAAUUUGUACGUUUGCUAAGAUAAUACACGAUAGUGUCAAUUGAUUAGAA